CAGUGGUGUAAGGCGUGGUUCGCACGGUACUGAAAAUAAGGUGUCCUCAGAGUCGGUCAAAUGCGGAGGCAGUAUUUAACCACCCAAACGUGGACUUGUGUCCGUCUAAAAAAGUCGGUAAUGCAAAAUUAAAUGCGAUGUUGUGGCCAGAGAAGACGCUUUUGUGCAUUCUUUGUGAAUUAAACCGGGUGUAAAUACCUAAUUUCGUUGUAUCUUCUUUUCCAAAGGCUAGAAUAGCCAUUACGUCCCUUGAGCGAUAUGCUUUUUCCAUUAAUAUCUUCAAAUGCACUGUUAAAAGCAUACAUCUUUUAACAGUCGACAAUUACGUUUUGUAUUUUCGACCGAUCCCCAGUUCGUUUAUAGUACUAACUGUUGCGUUUUACUGAACUGUAGAAACUCAGGACAUUUUAUUGUACCAAUUGUAAUUUUAUAUUAUGGUUUUUUGUCAAGGCUGGUGUUGCUUUGCUGAGUAAAUACCCCGGAAAUACUGUAUCAGAUUCAACAUAACUCUGACAUGGUCGAUUCGCACUGGAGUAAAACAACACAGGUCCCGAUGUCCUGUAAAGAAAUCAGAGGACCGCUGAGAAAGUUAUCUGGGAUUAAAAGACGUGGACGGUUUGCACGGGACUAAAUGUCAUCGAUGUCGGUAAAAUAAAUCAGACACCACCUGUUUAUGUGGUGAUUUUUAGUCCCGGGCGAAUCGGGCUUUAGAGACUAUGCCACGAAUCAGUGACUGUCUUCCCCAUUCUGCACACAAUGCAAACUGGUACUCGCCGUUGUUUCGGUUCUAGUUUCGCUUACUAUACGAGUAUUUGUGUGGGGAGAGAAAAAGGAUGAGAUCGCGGGUCACUUUGCUGCUAAUAGCGAUUCUUCACCAAAUCUCCACAGUAUGUCACAAGUGUAGGGCAACUUUAUGGCGGAGACUCUUCGGGGCGUGGUGCAUUCAAACAUUCAUUCUUGUCCUCAUUUGGAAAUGGAUGCUUGCUUCUUUUGAAAGAUCGGACUUGGUCCCAACCCCUCUGCUGGGACAGAGGGAGAACCCUCUGCUUGACACCUCUGGGCUGCCCCGCUUUGCUCACAUCUCAGCUGCGGAUGUUCUGCCCGGGAUCACCAAGGCGGCCGCAGAGCUUGAGAGGAGUCUGCAACUCUUUGAACACACUCUGGAGACGACCAAGAACACACCGAGAACGUGGGCCUCUGUGGAAGAACCCCUGGAAAUCCUGAGGAGACCCAUUGACUACAGCUGGAGGGUGGCGUCCCAUCUACAGAGUGUGAAGAGCUCCCCAGAACUGAGGGCAGCUGUACAGCAGGCACAACCUAUUCUCCUUGACAUUUCCUCAAUGUUGGAGCAAAGUGUUUCCAUUUAUAACGCUUUUAAGGAUCUUAGUUUGAAUAAGAAGCUGGAUGGAACUCAGCACAGGAUCAUUGAAUCCAAUCUCUACAGCAUGAAAAAUAGCGGUGUGGAUCUAGAGGCAGAGAAGAGACAUCGCUUUAAUGAGAUCAAUCAACUGCUUGCAAACCUAACCAUGAGGUUCAGGAACAAUGUGCUAGAUGCCACCUCGGGCUUCUCCAUCUUGCUGACAGACAAGAGCAGCGUGGAAGGGCUGCCAGAAACGUCCCGCAAGCUGCUGGCGAGUGCUGCUGUGGCCGGCACUGGUAAAAGCCCUGACCCCGAGAACGGCCCCUGGAAGGUGGGUCUGGACCUGCCCAGCUAUGAACCUGUGAUGGUGUACAGCAGCAACAGGAAACUCCGUGAGCAGCUCUACAGAGCGAGGGCUGGCAGGGCAUGCUCCGGACAGCAUGACAACAUCGCUGUCAUUGAGGAGAUCAGGAAACUCAGACAGGAGAAAGCUAGGAUGUUGGGCUAUAAGAACUAUGCAGAGUUCUCCCUGAAUGCAAAAAUGGCAAAGACUGUGUAUGCAGUGUGGGGCAUGCUUGAUUCCCUACAUAACAAGACCUAUCCAGUGGCUUUGAAGGAGGUUGAGUUGUUGACAGAUUUUGCUAGUCACAGUGGUCAUCAAGGGAAACUAGAAAAGUGGGACACCGCCUACUGGACAGAGAAACACAUGAAGAUGCUGUUCAGUAUUUCAGAUGAAGAAUUUAGACCUUACUUUCCUCUGGGACGGUAUGUUUUUUUUAUCAUGUUUCAAUGCAGUGUUCUUGCUGGCCUGUUUAAUUUAAGUUGGGACCUGUUUGGGGUAAAAAUUCGUCCGGCGGACGGUGCAGCAGAGGUUUGGGACCAAUCAGUGCGCUUCUUUAAUGUCUACAAUGAGAAAGAGAUCCACAUUGCCUCCUUUUUCUUGGACCCUUAUUCCCGUCCGAAUGAGAAGCAGGCUGGUGCAUGGAUGGAUAAUUUCCUUUCCAGGAGUUCUCUGCUCCAUCAACUCCCUGUUGCGUUUGUUAUUUUGAACCAAAUCCCACCUAUUGGCUCCACCCCUUCUCUGAUGUCAUUUUAUGAGGUCAGGACGCUGUUCCAUGAGUUUGGCCAUACUUUGCAACACAUGCUGUCUACCGUGCCUUACGAAGGAGCCUCUGGCAUCAAUAACAUUGAGUGGGAUGCCGUGGAGUUUUCCUCCCAGUUUAUGUCGAACUGGGUCUAUGACAGACGCACCAUUGAUGCAAUCAGUGGGCACUACCAAACAGGCGAGCCACUGCCACAAGCCAUGUUUGAAAAGAAAAUGAAAGCUCGCUAUUACAUGAAAGGUAUUGACAUGCUGACUCAGCUGCACCUGGCUGCUUUGGACCUGACACUGCACAGCAGCACAGAUCCCUUGGAAAUCCUUAAGAAAAAAGUAUCUGAUAAGUUUACUGUAACAAAACCAAUAAAGGGGGACUGUUUUCCAUCGACAUUUCUUCACAUAUUUGGUGGAGACAGCUAUGCAGCCAGCUAUUACUCUUAUAAGUGGGCUGAAGUCCUCGCUCAGGAUGCAUUUGCAGCCUUCGAGGAAGUUGGAUUGCAGAACAAAGAGAAGAUCAGAAAGGUUGGACGCAGGUUCAGAGACACAGUGCUGAGUCUCGGAGGUGGAACUCCACCUCUGCAAGUGUUCCGGAUGUUCCGGGGACGGAGCCCCUCCUACACGGCACUUCUCAAGGGUUACGGUCUGGCAUAAUGGAAAUCAUUGCAAAAAGAUGAAAACCAAAAGAAUGACAAAACAUGACGUUUCUACCUACACAUGUUACAUAGCUGUAAAAUUGCUGCUUACUUUAUGAUAAUACCGUUAAAUCAAUUAAACCCUAAAAUUACCCCUGGAGAAGAAUGUGUUCCUAUAGACCUUAGGUUUUCAUGCAGGUACUGAUAACUAAAAAUACAGCGUAAGAUGCAUUUAUUUUUUGUUUUAUAAAUGACUAUGCCCAGUUACUAAAAGGGAUUUUUUACAUUUACAUGUUUGAUUUUCAUUUUAACAACAUAUAUAUUGCAAAACAGUUUUUCAUAGUUACAUUUAAUCAGUCUACAGCAUUGUCC